GUGCCUGCAUGUCUGAGACUGACUUUGAAGCCUCCAGCGUGGUUGGAGUUAAUUCCCAUUAGGUUGGACUCCGCCCCUCUCUCCCAAAGGUAAAGCAAGAUUUUCAGGCAUCACUGCAAAGAGCAGCUGGGAUUCCCAUCCUCUUCUGACAAGCUGUGAGGAGAAGUUGUUUCUCAGAUCUGAGUCCGAAGAGAGGGAACAAGUCAAUCAGCCUUCGUGGUCAGAAGCCUAAAGACCAUAGACCUCUGAAUCAGGCAGAAGGAAGGGAAGACGGGAAAAGUUCAACAAAGCAGAAUCCCAUUGGGACCCAAGUGGUCCUUGAGACAAUGAUCUUGUUCAGAAGCAAGGGCCAAGCAGCAUAUGACUGAGCCCCAGGACCGGCCAGCCAGAUGAAAAAUAGGCCAGUGAAGCCUACAUGAUAACUUUCUGCGUCUGGUGCUGUGACCCAACUCAUCUCCCCAUCCCUGCAGAGAAACCUGGGACCAUGAGGAGCAGCCUGACUCUGCUGGGGACCCUUUGGGCCUUCCUGUCCCUUGUUACUGCUGUGGCCAGUUCUACCAGUUACUUCCUGCCUUACUGGCUCUUUGGAUCCCAGCUGGGGAAGCCGGUGUCAUUCAGCACAUUCCGGAGGUGCAACUACCCUGUGAGGGGAGAGGGGCAGAGUCUGAUCAUGGUGGAAGAGUGUGGGCGCUAUGCCAGCUUCAGUGCCAUCCCAAGCCUGGCCUGGCAGAUGUGCACGGUGGUGACAGGAGCCGGAUGUGCCCUGCUGCUCCUCGUGGCACUGGCUGCUGUCCUGGGCUGCUGCAUGGAGGAGCUCAUCUCCAGAAUGAUGGGACGUUGCAUGGGAGCUGCACAGUUCGUGGGAGGAUUGCUGAUAAGCUCAGGCUGUGCAUUAUACCCCUUAGGAUGGAAUAGCCCGGAGGUAAUGCAAACAUGUGGGAAUGUCUCCAAUCAAUUUCAGUUAGGUACCUGUAGGCUUGGCUGGGCCUAUUACUGUGCUGGAGGUGGAGCAGCUGCAGCCAUGUUGAUCUGCACCUGGCUCUCUUGCUUUGCUGGAAGGAACCCCAAGCCUGUCAUGUUGGUGGAGAGCAUCAUGAGGAACACCAAUUCUUAUGCCAUGGAGCUUGACCACUGCCUCAAACCUUGAGCUUUGGCAGAAGAUUGGAGAGAGUGGGGAAGAGGAGAGAAGGGAGCCUUGAAAAGAGCUACCAAGACUAAGCCAGUUGCUAAUCACUUGACAGUAGUAUAACCCAGAGUUUGUAUGCUUUUCAACUCACCAGUCAUUCAUUUUCACUUUCCCUUAGGCCAGUGGGUCAGUGACUCUUUACAAAAUUCAUUAAGAACAAUGAUACUCUCAAAUGUUAACCUAGCUGAUGGACUACCCAAGCCCCAACCUCAUCCUUCAUAUAAAAUAAGAAAAAAAGAUCCUCAACUGAAAGGUAACUGUACAAUCAAGGAGCUCUUCACUUGCCCCAAAGCUCAAAGGAUGGGUAAAAACACUUGUAUAGGGAGGGGCUAGGAAAUGGACAAGGCUGGUUCCUACCACUCCAUUCCUUUGGCCCUUCCAUGAUGUUUAUUGCCAUCUCUAAACAUCUGUGGAGUGCCAUUGCCUAAAUUUUUGUGACUUUCUCAGGACCAUACCUCAAUUCUUCCUGUUUUUUUUCCCUGCUUCUCUUCCUUUCCAGUUGUGAGGAAACUUGUGGGGAGGGCAACUCCUAGUGGGGAAAACACGAAUCAGGAAUGCUUACAUAAAGCCUAAGAUCUCUUCCUUACUAAAUGCUUUAGAAUAUUCAUAAGAGUUCAUUUUGUGUUCUGGCUGGGUGACUGGCUUCAAAAUAGUGGCAAGUAUUCUCUAGUCCUUUAUUGAUACCAAAAAAUAGUGUUCAUCAAGUGUUCUGAGCAGAGACUAGAAUAUAUUGUGCACUCA